ACAUGUUUAACGGGGACAACAAGACGUAACAGUACUUUACGGGGUUUCUUUCUUUCAGACGGUUGAGAGAGAGAGAUCAAACCGUUGGAGACAGGUCACCACCAGUUCCUCUCUUUCUCUCUCUCAUCCCCUGUUCUUUUUACCGGUUUAUUUGGAGUGCGUUGUACAAGGACUAGUCCCAAGCCAUGCUGUGGAGAGCGGGGCUCGUGUUGCUGCUGUGUUGGGCCACCACCGGGGAGCUAAGUCAUCAACCCCUGGACUCCCCGGAACGUGAAGACCCGACGACGAGCAAACUGCAGGCCGACUCUGUGUCCGUGAGUACGCGGCAGCAGCGGUCCCCGCCGCCGGUAGAACCCCUAGACUUUGGGUUCGUGCCCUCCGGUGUGUACGACACGCACGCCUACUACGAGCCCGGUGCCAUCGGUGUUCUGUUCCACAUGGUUCACGCGUUCCUUUACGUGGUACAACCGAACCCCUUUCCGAAAGAUCUCAUCGUAAAAGUCAUCCAACAGAACAUGGGAGGGAUAAAACUAGAGGACUAUCGCAAGCCAGAGAACGUUGUCCUAAUGCUACAGACGAUCUACUAUGAGGCGGGCUUCCUGGUGUGUGUGAGUCUGGGCUGUGUGUUCCUGGUGUUGACCCCCGUGGUAGGAGUGUGUUUCUGUGUGUGUCGCUGCUGUGAGAACUGUGGAGGGGAGAUGCACCAGAGACAGGGGAAGAACCCAGACUGUCAGAGAGGAUUCUACACCGCCGCUCUCCUCGCCACCUCCAUAUUCAUCACGACGGGGGUGCUGAUAGCGCAUGCUGCCAACCACAACGUCACGUCUCAGAUCAAGUCAACGCGCCGUUUCAUCAGCAGCAACAUGAGAGACCUGAAGACCUUCGCUAACAACACACCGGCGCAAAUUGACCAUCUGACGGCCCAGUACACUACAGCUAAGAAUAAAGUCCUGUCUGACCUGGACAACAUCGGGCCUCUGCUGGGUGGGAGGAUCCAGACUCAGCUGGAGAAGGAAGUAGUUCCUUCUCUGGACACAGCUCUGCGCAUGGCUGGAGGCAAAGUGGAGAACGCCGUCAAAGCGCUGCGUGAGUCUAGGGAGGCGUUGGAGAGUGUCAGUUCUUCGUUGGAUGUUCUUCAUGAGGGAACGUCUCGUCUGGCGCUCCGUCUGGCAUAUGAACGGACUUCCCUGUCCAACACCCUGUCUGAUCCGGCCUGCACUAAUGGAGCUGUGUCACGCACCUGCAGUAACAUCCGCAUUACGCUCCCACAGCUGGGAAUCAACAGCAACUUCUCUGGGUUACCAAACGUCAGUCCCCAGUUGGCCAGAUUAGAGAUUGUCCUGAAGACAGACCUCAGCAACAUUUUACAGAAGGGUUAUUCAUCCUUCAAUGACACCCCCAGACUGGUCCAACAGCAGACUAAGAAUGUAGUAGCAGCUCUGCCUAGAGUGAAGGCCAUGCUGGAUAAAAUAGGAGUAGAGAUUAUAGGUUUCUCUAAGAUGUUCCCAGUGGAAGCCUCUCUGGCCAACUUCACCAUCUUCCUGAGUCAGGGCCAGAACAACAUGGAGGCCUACUACCCUCAGAUGGACCAGAUGGACUUCUACAGGUGGAUAGGCUGUGUGGCCUUGCUGUGUACGGUGGUCCUCGUCUUGACCUUUAACUUCCUGGGUCUGUUGUGUGGAACGUGUGGCUACGACAAACAGGCCACGCCCACCACCCGUGGCUGCCUAUCAAACACCGGAGGCAACUUGCUAAUGGCAGGUGUAGGGUUCAGCUUCAUCUUUGCCUGGGUAUUGAUGGGGCUGGUAUCAGCAGGGUUUGUUGUCGGGGGCAACAUUGAGAAGUUGUUCUGUGAACCGCUUGCUAACAGACAACUGUUCAAGAUCAUAGACACUCCUUACAUGGUCCAUCCUGCCAAGAAGCACUUCCUGCCCGGCAUGCUGUUCCAGAACCCUAACAUCAACCUGACUGUAGGAAGCAUGUACCGGGACUGCUAUGAUAACAAGGGGCUGUACCAUGCUCUGCAGCUGGAGACAAUGUUCAACAUCAACACCUUCCUCAAAACCACCGUGUUUAACAAGGAUCUGGUGAAGGUGUUUGACAGCGUGAGCAUCGACCUCCAGAGCAUGGUGUUAUUGGAGCAGGACGGACGAGAUAACCUGCUAACCUUCUCUACCGCUGGGAUAGGAGAGAUUAACUAUGCUGCUUACCUAGCAGAGGUGAAUAAAGGUGUAACUCUGGUGGAUCUGCUGUCGUUUUCCAACGAGCUGGAGACCCAGGCUGACCUUCUGCCGCGGGGAGCUCUAGAGAAUGCGUUGAAGGGUCAUGCCAGCAGCAUCAGACAGAUCCACAGAGAACAGGUCGUCCCUAUGGAGCAGGCCAUGAAAUUUGUCAGAGCGCGGAGCACCCUCAGCCAGAGCAUCCGGCUACUGCAGAGGACAGCUAAGGAACUACCUGUGAAGGUGACUAACGUCCUUAGUGCCAUCGACGAAGCAGAGUACCUCAUCACACACAACGCUUCACGUGUGGUAAAACAGGAGACAGAUGUGUACAUGCGGAGCCUGGUUGGAUACUUCAGACAGUACACUGACUGGGUCAAAAACUCUCUGACAGGGGAGGUGGCCCAGUGUAAACCCAUCAGUAACAUCAUUGACUCCUUGGAGAUUGUAGCCUGCAGCUUCAUAGUCGACUCAGUGAACACGUUCUGGUUUGGUCUGGGUGGUUGCUGUGUGUUCCUGGUUCCCAGCAUCAUCCUGUCAGUCAAACUGGCCAAGUACUACAGGAGGAUGGAUACGGAGGAUGUGUUUGAAGAGGGCCAAGAAAACUGGUAGAGAAACAAAGGUGGGAAAGAGAAAGAGAACAAAACAAGAAGACAGAACUCUGCUGAUCUCCGCCCCACAACAACCCCUCACCUGAUUGGACAAAGGACCUUAGCUGCCAGCCAAUUACAGGAGCCCAAAUGAUGCCCUGUACGUUCCAUCGCCCAAUCACAACACUAGUUCUGUCUGACAUCACCAUAGUUUUUAAACGUUUCACCCGUGUGAACAUGUUGGUGGAUUAUUUCUAUCGAAUCUGCGACUCACAAACAACCCUCCCCCUUCCCUGAAAACCCCACCCAUAAUGAUUGAUUGACAGGUCUGAAACCUUAUCGACUCUGCGACUCACAAACAUCCCUCCCCCUUCCCUGAAAACCCCACCCAUAAUGAUUGAAUGACAGGUCUGAAACCCUAUCGACUCUGCGACUCACAAACAUCCCUCCCCCUUCCCUGAAAACCCCACCCAUAAUGAUUGAUUGACAGGUCUGAAACCCUAUCGACUCUGCGACUCACAAACAUCCCUCCCCCUUCCCUAAAAACCCCACCCAUAAUGAUUGAUUGACAGGUCUGAAACCCUAUCGACUCUGCGACCCACCCCCGUCCCUGAAAACCCCACCAAUAGUGAUAAACUAGUUGAUUUGACCAGAGUUAUUAUAGACAAGAGCUUUGUUUGAUUCUACUGGAACCACUGACUCAUCUCAAUGACAUUUUAUACGCUUUCAACACCUUUGAAAGUUUUAUAUAUUUUUUAAUAUAAUAUGUUAGCAUGUUACCAUGUUAGCAGACACUAGCUAAAAAAACAAACAUGUUAGCAUGUUAGCGGACGCUAGCUACCAAACCAUGUUAGCAGACACUAGCUAAAAAAACAAACAUGUUAGCAUGUUAGCGGACGCUAGCUAACAAACUAUGUUAGCAGACACUAGCUAAAAAAAACAUGUUAGCAUGUUAGCUAGCGGACACUAGCUGCUUGUCGUUUGAUAGCUGUAACCAUCGCAUUGACGCAGCUUUGUUGUCACGGCGGUGAUGUCACGGCUGUGAUGUUUAUCGGUGAUGUCAGGACUGUAAUGUCACGGCUCAUGUCAC